AUGGCGUCAGACGUGGCCGCGGAGGACUUUGUCACCAUUGUCCCAGUUGGUGAGGGCCGGCCUGUGGUACGAGAAAACAAUUUUGUGACGGUGCUUACGGUUGGUGCAGCAGCCGGUGCCGCAGAAGUUAAAGUACAAAGGUCGAGAGGUGAGAGACUCGGUCUCGGUUUGAAGUUUGAAGGUGGUUCUGCUGCUGCUGAAAAAGUAAGAAGACUUCUUGUGCAAUCAUGUGCUGAAAAUAGUCCUGCUGCAAAUGCUACUACGCCCUGGGGAAAAUUAAUACCAGGGGAUGAGAUUUUAGCUAUAGAUGGAGUGUCGGUUUCGGAAUUGACCAGAAUAGAUUGUGUACGUCGAUUGAAGGAUUCAGAUGAAUCUCUCACGCUAUUAGUGCGCCAUUUUGAAUCUGACUCACAGAAAGAUAUAAGCAAUAAUGACGUCACAGAUUCUUCUCCUAAUGUUAAAUCUGCAACGGAUAUUGUACGACCAACAACCCUACCACCACCAGUACCACCAAGAAAACUGGGUAAAAAGAAUUCAUUUAAAGAAAAGUCAACUCUUCAAACAGUUGGAGGGCAAAACACAAUACUUAACGAAGAAAAGGAAACUCUAAAUGGUCAACAUAACGGGUUAGCCACAAUUACAAAGUUAUCGAGAAAAUCAUCGUUUGACAGUCAUUUACAUAGACAGACAAAAGAAGGUAUAGCAUACUUAAAGAAGGGUUCUCCUGAAGAAGUGAGGCGAUUAGUGCGUCGAUUAUCUGACGGGAAAGCAAUGCCUCCUGAAGCAGAAGUAUAUAUUGAUUUGCUGUCUUCAGAAUGGGAACGGUGCCUAUUGCUGGCAGAUGCCGAGUCUGAUGAUACUGGGAGUUCUAUAUCAACCGUAGUAGAUCGUUUAGGAUCUAUGACUAGUUCUGUAGAAAACAGUAUACCAUCCACACCCAUAAUGCAACCGAAAACAAUAGAUAUACAAAAAGUGUUAAACUGUAUUGAAAAUAUUGAUUCAAAUAUAUUAAAGGAUAUAACUGGUAGCAAAUAUUUAGACAGGCAAAUAGAAAUAAAUAAAGAAAUAUUAAAGACAGAGAAAAAUAUGACCUCUAACGGAUUUGAUAUCCAUGAAGCACCCAUGUCUAUAAUGCACGAUGAAGUCAAUCAGCCAUCAAAAAAACUACAACAUAACGAUAAAAACAAUAAUAAUACUUUUGUUCAAAAUGGCAGCACAUUACAAGUAACAAACAAAUCAGCUCAAGUGUUAAAGUCAGCCGAAAACAAAGUUGAGUCGGUAGCUGAAAAACCUAAGCCUAUGCCCAGAACGGCUAAAACAGAAAGAACAGUAAGCGAGAAGAAGUUGAAACCCAUUUCUGUACCAGAAAUACCACCACCGCCUAUUCCGGAACCGUUGCUAACUCCAACAAAGAAAACAUGUAUAGAGACGUGGUUACAACGUUCCGAAGCUGAAAUGAAUAAUAAAAAAAUCGAAGAAAGUUUACCAGAAAUUUUGCCUCGUUUGAUAGACUUCGUACCGAAACCUCAGUUUAAAGAAACUAGUGAUACUCCUUUGCCCCGACCUACGACGGCACCGCCUCCACCUCCACCGACACCUUCGACACCUCCAGUUGAAACACGAGAAGAUGGUUCUGGGGCAUCUCUCGACACCAUUGGUGAAUUGGAUGAAUCAGUUGAUGUUCCUGAUAAUCUGAAACCUUUGGUGAUUGAAAACGAAACGAAAGACCGAAAAUCGUCAUACGAAAGAAGCUUUUGGGAAGAUCGUGUAAACAAGAGCGAUGCUGAAGACAAAAGCCUUUCUAAUGAUGAAACACCACUACCUUCGUGUCCACGACAACCACCUGAUGGAGUGGAAACCCCGUCAGACACUAUGGAAAAAGUGGUUGAACCACCAACAAGAUUGCCUCCCCGACUUCCCUCUGGGUGGCCGAACUCAAGGUCGCGAUAUUCCUACUCGUCACGUACUCAAGAUGCAAGAAGUGAAGCCAGUGUGAAAGAUAAAAUUGCUAUGUUUUCAAAUAGUCGUACCAAUUCUACAGAUCAUCUAGAAAAAUGUGGUACACUUCCAGCCCGUACUAAUUCAAAUGCAAGGAAAAGUACAGCUUCUUAUAUAAAUAAUUACCCUGAAGUUUCCACCUUGGAUCGACGACUCACAAAGUCACAAGAUAAUCUUGAUGAUACACUUUGUUCCUAUAAAAAGCAUACAGAUAGACCCGAAGUACUGGGUGCCCAUGAAAAUGUCACUUCUACAUUAGGUACCACAAGAAGUAAUAAAUCUCUUCAUUCUGAAAGUAAACCUUUCUUUUAUGGAAGUACUACUACAUUACCGUCUCCUAUCGAUACCUUUUCUCAACCGAUAUACCAUAUGCGGAGUAUUAGCGAUGAUUCUUCAAGUUCAACAACAUCUACACAUAAGUCUAAUCUAGAGUACUUAAUAGAACAAAGAAAGAAAUCUAUGUCAAAAUUGAAAUGUCUAGUGAUACCUGAAACUCAAGGACCAAUCGUUGAUUUGCCUGAAAUUAAAGUUAAGGACAACUCAUUAACAAAGUCAUUACUUUUUAGAUCAAAUCAAAAUAAUGUAAGUACUAAAGAUAUCAAAUCAAAUAAUACUAAGUCUUUAAUGUUAAAAGAAGACAAAUGGAAAGCUAGUCUUUUGCCUAACAACAUACCGAAGUAUUCACCAGCUUUUAAGCGGAAAUCUUUGCAGUUGUAUACACCUUCUUCUUUGUCAAAAGAAUCUACACCAGAAAGAAAAUUCACUGAGAAGAUUGAUGCGUUUAGUAAAGUAAUGACAUAUACAGCUACACCUAUGAGGGCUUCUGUAGAUACAAUUAAUGAUAUUGGGAGGUCGACUGCUGCGUUACCUGAUAAAUCAAGUUUAACAAAUAUGAAUAGUUUGCCUAAAAAAGAUUACAAAGACAUCAUGAAUUAUGUUAGGGAUUAUAAAAAUGUUGAAAUUAAAAUUUGUACAGCAACUGACGUCAUUGAUAGUGAUAAUGAUUCUGCAAUGAGUUCUACUCAGUCAAGUUAUAGAUCUUCUGCAUCAUCGCCAAUGCAUAAUCUUGAUACAAUAGAAUCAGAUGGUUCACGCGUUUCACCAAGAAUAUCAAAUUACAACUCUUAUCCUCACAUAAAAGCUGAUAUUACAGUAAAGUCUACAAUUAUUGAAAAGAAUGAGGAAUAUAAAAAACGAAACGUCUGUCGAUCAGUGUCAUCAGACACAAACGUUUCACUUAGCUCGUCAGCUGGGUCGGCAGCUACGUCAGGGUCUCAAGCAAGCUGUAGUUCUUUAGAAAGUUCUGUUGCUGACUCGGAUAAGAAAAAGGUUUCAAAAUCAUACAAUAUAGACACUAUCAACAGAAGAAAUAUAUUAGCUUCUGCUAAAUGUAGAAGUGGUAGAGAUGCGAAGCUCAAGUCUCCUGUUAUUGAAACCAAGUUUUCGCACGAGUCACAUGACAGGUCUCCAAGUCCAACAGAUAAACAGUCUGAACGCCUUUCUACACUCACAUCAUCGGUGAGUGCCGUGUCUAAUAAAGGCGAAAACAGACGACGUAAUAAAAUAAUUGCCGAAACUGAUUCUGAUAGUGAUAGUGAUGUCAAUGUCCGGCAAAGAAAGACUGAUUUUAAAAAUACGAGACUAAAGCGGAACUCUAGCUCAGCUAAUAAAAAUAAAUCGAUCGAAACCGAGGAUGCGCCUAAACACAUAUCAGAAAAAAUCAUAAAAGAAAUUAAAAAAGCAGGACUUGAUAACUUCAGUAACAAAACGAUAACGAAAGUGUUAGAUACUAAUAAAAUCGAACCUGUAUUGAUUGAAAGACGAGUGGUUAAAAAAGAAGAAAUAAUAAAAAAUAAUGUAAUAUGUGAAACAAGUGUAGAUAAGAAUACAGCCGUUAUUUUAAAUCACUCUAGUUCAACAAACGAAGUGAAAUCUUCUCAAAAUAUAAAUAAGAAAGAACUUUAUGCUGAUAAAAGUGAUAGUCUUAAAUUGGAAGAUGUAGAUAUACCCACGCACACUAUCAGACUAAAAAAGGGCGCUGGCACAGGCGUGGGACUGAUCUUAGCCGGUGGCAUUGACUGUGAAGCUAAAGACGUCACGGUACACCGUGUGCUAGCAGACAGCGUUGCCGCAAAGGCAGGACUAAAACGAGGUGCCAAGGUGCGAAGUAUCAACGGUUGUACAAUGACAGGACUAACUCAUGCCCAGUCCGUUACUAUAUUGAAGGAGCAACGAUCAGAAGUUAUUAUUGAAAUAGAAAAUGAAACUCAUGAAAAUUCGAGAGGAAUUGGAUGCGGCUCUGAAAAUGCGGAGUCGAAGGUUCGACAAGAGGUGGAUUCCACAGAUGAGAGGUCGUCGUCGAAUGUGGUCACUGUGGUCCUGGACAAGGCUGGCGGAGGCGCCGGGCUUGGCUUCGGCCUCGAUGGAGGUCGUGACUCGCCGCACGGUGACAGACCGCUCACGAUCAAGAAACUAUUUGCAGGAGGAGCGGCUGCUCAAAGUGGGCGUGUGUUGGUGGGAGCCGAACUACUUUCAGCUGGAGGACAGUCUAUGGAGGGAUACACGCGGACUCAGGCCUGGGCUGCACUAAAGGCAUUGCCCGUUGGACCAGUCGCUCUGGUACUUAGGAAUCCUAAAAAAUAA